GUGCCAGUUGUGGCGCGCCGUGGUGCUGCGGGAUGACAACGCCAUGAGGAGCCAUUCGGCCGCGCUGGGUGUCAAAGAUUACUUCCUGUUCUGCGAGAUCCUGAUGCAGCGCCCCCUACGGGGGGGUCAGCUGUCCCUGGGCAACGUCCUGACGCGGGAAGAGACGGCGUACAUGCGCGAGAUGGCGGCUCAGCGCUUCGGGGAGGUGAUGGAGGUGCUGAGGGCGCUGCCGAGGCCGAUGCUCCUCGUCUUCCGGAACAUCAACACCGUCAGGAGCAUCAACGCCGCCCUCGGGGCCCCCGUCGAUCGAUACUCCAUCAUGGCCAAGAG